AUGAUCUACCUCACGAACGCGGCGAAGCGCGACGCGGUGGUGGAGGCCAGGCUCGCGCAAGACGAAAAGGUGCAGUUCGACGAGGCCAAGACCAAGGCAUUGCUACCCUGGAUCGACAACCAGGCGUGGCAGGCGGUGAACGAGGCGACGGCGGGAGCUGGCGAAGUGUGUCCGAUGAGGUUUCUGCUGAAGUGGAAGAUGAAGGACGGAGUUCGAGAGGCAAAUGCGCGAGUGAUUCUUCAAGGAUUUCACUUGGAGGAGGUGGCGAGCACCAACGUGGAGAAGGCAAGCCCCACUCUGACGAGGCUCGCGAGGUACCUCAUCCUGCUCAUCUUGUGCCAGCAGUCGUGGAAGAUGGUGGCAGCUGACGUGAAGAGCGCGCUCCUGCAGGCCAAAGACAUUCGUGAGCAGGGCGUGCGCAUUUUCAGCAGACCGACGAAGGACAUCCGAAGGAGGUUGGCGAAGAUGAUGGGCCUAAAGGACGACGAGAUAUUGCAGAUGCUUAAGCCAGCUUUCGGAGAUGUUCGCGCUCCAAGGCAGUGGAAUCAGACGAUCACGGAGGCCAUGAUCGACAUCGGAUUUCUUCAACACCAGCUGGAUCGGUGCUGUUUUCUGUCGUACCGCAUCGCGGCCGACGGCGACGACCCCUUUCUGGUGUGGAGCGCAGACGACGGCCAGAACUACGUCCUGGACGGCAUUCUGGGUUUACACGUGGACGACUUCAUCGGUGGCGGCGAGAACUUGGAGCGCGAGGCCGACCUGACCGACAAGCAGGCCUACGAAGGCGCGUUCCUGGACAGGGUGCAGACUCUCAGCAGGCGCUUUAAGUUCGGCAAGUGGGAGUUUCAGAACGGUAUCGUUUUCUGUGGCAUGGAGACCACGCAGUCGCAGUCAAGGAACGAGAUCGAGGUCAAGGCCGAGCAGUACAUCCACAAGGUGGAGCCGAUUAGCAUCGAGAAGGUACGCCGCCAGCACCCGGACGAUUUGUGCACGCCGAAGGAGAUCAGCCAGCUACGAGGACUUAAUGGGGCUAUGCAGUGGCCGGCAUCCCAGUGCAUGGCGCAGGCGAGUGGCGACGUGGGCAUCCGUAUUCGUUACGUGUCCAAGUGGGAGCAGCUACGACUUGGAGUGUACUGGGACGCUUCAUGGGCAACAAGACUUAACGGCGAGUCGCAAGGAGGCUACAUGAUCUUCGCGAUCGAGGACGACAGGAUCGACGACGGCCAGGCUCAGGCGGCGGCCAACGCGGUGGACGCUCUGGAGCUUGCGAAGACGAUGCUGACCACGAUGCUCUACCCCAACAUGCAGCUGACGGGGCCGGACAUGCUGCAGGUGCUCGGGCGAAGCCCGUGUAUCACAGACUGCAAGGCGCUCUACGACGCAGCCAAUUCUCAGGCGCCAGCCGGUGGCCUGACGGAGCGCAGGACGGGCAUCGAGAUCAUGCAAGUGAACGAGAAGAUGAAGGAGUUCGGCGGAGUGUGGAGAUGGACGAAUACACAUCAGCAGAUGGCGGACGGGCUGACUAAGUUGCAAGUGCGACAGCAGUUCGUGGAGAAGCUGAGGAGGAUGACACACGCGCUGAAGUACGACGCGACGUUCACGGCAGGCAAGAGGGUCAGCCAGCAAGAGCGUGACAAGAACGAGCAGGAGCUAAACGACGCGGCGGCCGACUUCGACGAGGCGAAUGCGGUGGACCAGACACCAGAUGAAGUGCCAGCGCGAGAGAUGGUCAGAGCGAUGAGGGCAGGGACCAGGACAGCACAGAGACUGGCGGCGCUUGUGGCGACAACGGCGGCUACGACGACAAAAGCGGAGGAGACCUGCCCAAGCCUGGACAUCAACGAGACGCAGUGGAUCUACGUGACCGUGCUCACGAUGUCGCUGGUUGUGAUGGUGCUGGUUUGCGGCAGUUGUUUGUGUGUGACGUGCUUUUUUUUCAAACGGGCGAAUGAGCGAUUCUGGAAAACAAAGAACGAGGAGAUGAAACGCUGUUUGAGAGACACGCCAGCCUCACGCAGAGACGACAACGCCGAGUACAUGCGGAUGAAGACGAAGAUGAGUGAGCAAGCCGAUGAGAUCGACCGCCUGAAAGAGAAGAACGAAGGGCAACGGAGUAAGAUCGAAGAAAGAGCCAAUCAGAUAGUCGACAUGCAGCCAGACAUGGAGGAGCUGAUGACGGAUUUCGAGCAGCGCGGCAAGAGCUUAGCGGCAUGCGACGAGAAGCUGACCAAGACCGAGAAGCUACUGCAGGACGCCAACGAGGAGCUUGGACUGUGUUACAAAAGGCUGUCGACGCUGAACGGUUCGAACGACAAGUUGGAGCGGCAGCUGAAUAACACGAAGAACGAGUUACGGCAGAUGACGCUGAGAGCUCGAGACGUGCCGGAGCCCAAACGAAUGUGGUCGGCGAGCACUCAGUCACAGUGUACGUAUCGACGAGAUCUAGCCACGCCGAGGUUUCAGGAGAUAAAGUCGAUUCACGAGCCGACGGUGACCACGACGGACGAGUUCACGGCAGGUUCCCCUAUCGGCGAGCUCAAGCGGUUCAUGAACGGCGUGGUGAUGGUCAUCGUAUGCGGGACCUACGAUAUUCAGGAGACCUGGGCACAUUUCCCGACUCUGUAG